AUGGUGAUGGUGGCUCCAUCACGUGGAACUAUUCCCACGUCUUCCUAUUCUCAAUCAAUUUUGAGUACACCUCUGGAUACUCUGGGGCCAAAGAACAGCAACAAUAACAACACAUACACUCGAGUCUCAAGAAAGUACAUACAUACACCAGAACUGAUUCCAGUUUCAUAUAAUUAUGUAUCUAAUCGGGUGCCAGAAUUAUGGAAAAAGUAUAAUCCAAUAGUUGUAAUACAUGUUGGUGUAUCACAGAGCAGUAAGUGCAUUGAAAUAGAACAAAAAGCACACAGUACAGGUUAUGACAAACAUGACACUUAUAAAGAAUUACCAAAUGAAUCUGAUAUAUUGGAACGUGCAUUUCAAACCGAUAUUGAUGUUAAGACUAUUUGUUCUAAUAUAAAAAAAUGUAUUAAUAAUAUUGGAUGCCAAAUUUCUAUGUCAGACAAUGCUGGCAGAUAUCUUUGUGAAUACAUUUACUAUCAGUCACUUAAUAUCGACAAAUCUCGAGUCAUUUUUAUUCAUGUACCUGACAUUAGCCACUAUCCCAGUGCUCAAACUGCAAAAGCAUUAUAUAUUAUAUUAUGUACUCUACUCAAGCAUUUAAAUGAUUGAAGUAUAUAUGUAUAUGUAUAUGUACGUACCAACAGGGUAAAAGGGAUGAUAAUAAAAUAUCUACUUGAAUAAAAAA